UCGUGGACUCGACCAGAUUUAAAUGUCUUAGCCGUCGCGCCUUGAGUUUUAAACCCGUUUCCAGCGGGUUGUGAGUCGAGGACGGAGGGAAGCCGUUCGCAGCUCUUGUCCCCGGACAUGCGGGUCCACGUCGUGGUCGCUGCCAUGCUGUGGUGUGUCCUCGCCGAGUCGCGGAAGAUAAGAGGGAUUUCCUCGUCCUAUAAACGCUUCUACAGGGAGAGGAAGUCGUUUCUGUGCAUCGACGGAUCCAACGUCAUCCCCUUCGAGCAGGUGAACGAUGAUUACUGCGACUGUGAAGAUGGCUCCGAUGAACCAGGAACGUCAGCUUGUCCUCGUGGCCGAUUCUACUGCACCAAUCUGGGUUUCCGCCCACACUACAUCCCAUCGUCAAGAGUCAAUGAUGGCAUCUGUGAUUGCUGCGACGCCUCAGAUGAAUACAACAGCCACGCUCGCUGCCAGAACACUUGCUGGAAUCUGGGACAGAGAGAGAGAGCGUACGUGGAGGGCCAGAUGAGGACCUUGGACGAGGGUCUGCUACUCAAGCAGCAGCUGAUUGAGGAGGGAGUGCUGCUCUGGAGGGAGAAGCAGGCUCAGCUCAGGGAGCUCCAGCAGGUAGCAGAGGACUUACAGAUCAAACUAGAGGAACAUCGGAGGAGGAAAAACGAGGCCGACCGAUUCAAAGAGCAAACGUUAAAGGCGCUGGGAGCAGGCGACAGCGGUCUUACAAAUCAGAACGGCACAGUAACCAGCAUGUUCCAGUUACUGGACACCAAUAAAGACGGCAGUAUAACAGUGGAUGAAGUCCAGGCUGGAGUGGCACUCAUCCGUGACGAGGAGCGGAUUCUCUCGGAGGAUGAAGCAGAGGGUUUGUUGGGAGGAGACUUUCACAUGGAUCUCGCUGAGUUUCAACACACACUCUGGGACAUCCUGACAAAAGGCGACAGUGUCAAGAUCAAAAACACACACAGUGCACCAGAUAGUAUUGCGGGUGAGGAUCCUCACGUAAAGGCUGCUGAAAGUGCUGCAAAGUGGGAGGCUACCAAUCUGAAGCAGGUAGAAGAAGCCUAUGAUACAGUCAACAUGGAAAUAAGUGAUCUCCGGAAGAAGCUGGCCAUAGACUAUGGAACAGAUUGGGAGUUUCUGUUUUUGAACAGCCAGUGUUACAAGCUGAGAGUAUAUGAGUACACUUACACUCUGUGCCCAUUCAAUCAAGUCACACAAGAGGACACUGCGGGAACAGAGGUCUCAUUAGGGAAGUGGGGGAUGUGGGCAGGAACACAGAAGAACCAGUACAGUCAGAUGGUGUAUGAAAACGGAGAGCCCUGUUGGCAAGGAGGUUCACGCAGCGCCACAGUCACACUGACAUGCGGAACAGAGACAGCCUUGCGAUCGGUGAAGGAGCCCAGCAAAUGCCAGUACAUCAUGGACUUUCAGACUCCUGUGGCCUGUCAGCCGGUGCUGAAGCAGCGGGGCAUACACAGUGAACUGUGACCCCUUCCUCCACUGGCCUAGCCUAGAUUCACCCGACUGGCCACCCCCCCCCCGCCCCUAUCUCUCCCUCACAUCCAAAUGCCUAGCCUGCAGUGGCAGGCCGGGGUCCUGGGGGUCCCCCCUGACAUCUGUUACCAGAACAUAGACUUCCAAGAAAGUCUUGCUCAGGUCAGAGUGUUAUUUUUCCUAACACUGAUCCUAGACCACUUUAAUCUCCAUUGUUACAGUGCUACUUUCACUCUGCUAUGUGUACCUAUUGGAAGCAGCAUUUAUUAAAUGAGUUAGUGAAACUGAGUAUUCAUUAUGUUCCAGUAAAUUUUACAUAAGUGUUUUAUAUGUAAGGCUCAACCAGAUUACUAUGUAAAUAUUGGAUGAAUUAAAUGCUACUGCAGUAGAUCAGUGUAUAAUGACAUAGAUGCUAAUGUUAAUGCUGUGUCAAAUUGCUGCUUAUGAAUAUAAGCACAAAUGAAAGGACUACGACCUUCUACUUUAUUAUAGUGGCUUCUUUAAAAUACAGUCCGGUGAUAUUCACUUUUUUACAAAUUGCCAAUAAAUCCAUUAAACUGAAA